UCCGCCCAUCUCUUCCCCUUUCGAGGGUGGCUAGUUCGAGGGCGCUUGCGCACGGCGAAAGCUGGGCGGGCUAAUGGGCGGAAAGCGCGGCGAGGUUCCUCCUUCCCAGCCGCGAAGCCCGCUUCCCUUUUCCCCGGGAGGCUCCUGCCGCUGCCGCUGCCGCCGCCGCCGCCAGCAUGUCGGAGAGGCUCAGCAAGCCGACGUGCCUCAUUGUGGCCAGCGCUGCUGCUGCAGGUGUAUCAGCUGAUUCCUUCUUCCACUCUUUUACAUUGGCGAGCUCUGCUUUUAAUCUACAAGUUGCUACCCCAGGGGGGAAGCCAAUUGAUUUUGUUGGGGUUAAUGAAGCAAACAUGCGUUGGAUCCAGGAUUUCCGUAUGAAAUCCUAUGCAAAUCCAGCCAAGUUGGAAUCAACUGAUGGUGAGAUAUUUUUUGAUUUGGAGAUUUAUAUAAUACAGUGUAAAAAUAUUACUUGUAUUUGUUUCUUUCAGCCUUCUGUCUAUGAACUUGUAAGACUUCCUAGUUUUGCCAGUUUACCCAUUAUUGUUGAAGACUUUUCAAAGGAUUCUGGAGCUACUUUUAGUGGUAUGCCAUUUUAAUAUUUUCUGAGGACAUAUUUUGAUUAAUACUUG